AUGCUAGCUCCGGUGACGGGGCGCGCUAGCAUGGGGUACGCUAGUAUGAUGCUCGCCUGGUCGAAUCGGGCAGGUGGCUCUGCGUUGGCGCCGGCGCUGACCUCGGUCUCCAGCCAGCUUCGGCCGUUGCAAUUUUUGCCGUCAACACUGAAAAAAAAGGGCACCCGACAUAGCCGCCGCCGCCGCCAACAGCUCCAGAGCAAGCCCUGGGGCAUGGAAAAGAGAAGAACCUGGCAGCCGCACGUCGCCAACCCAGGCGGCCUGGCACGGCGGGACCUCAGCCGCAGCAUGGGCCAAACCACGGCACGGCGGGCUAGCCGCCUCCCCGCCGGCCCACGGGGUUUUGUCGAGAUGGGCAGGUCGAGCCGGUGCUGGUCCUUUCGCCCCCAAAGCCGUAGAGAAUGCACCACGGAUGGGGCACCCAUGCCCCCGCUUCCAGGCUUCCAAAAGGCCCAUCUUGACCGGGCUGGAUACGCCGAUAAGGCCGUGCACAAGAACGAGGGUGAGAAUGAAGGGGGGGCUUAUACCGAAGGCGCCGCAAGUCUCACCACGAGUCCCUUUGAUGGGAGACCGCUCCUCCCCCUCGGUGCGGCCACGGGCGAGGACAGCAGACCGCCCGGUGAGGUCUUUACAUGUGAGGGCGCCCACGAGCCACCCGUGGUCGGUCCGGCCUGCGGCGGUUAA